AUGGUAACUCCUCAAGACAAGCCCUUGAAGAAGAUGAAGUUUGUUUCAUCUGCUGAGAAAGAACCAAGCAGCACGAUAACAAUUUCUGAGGAUUCAAAGUCAGGUCGAGGUAUGAGCACAAUGCCUCGUGUUGAGCAGAUUUGGGAAGCCGUUGACAUGGCUUUUGUGGUAGGUCAGGGGGGCAAGACCUCGGUGUUAUCUUCUACUGCCAAGAAAUGGAAGGAUUUCAAGUCUACACUGACGAGGCAUUAUAUCCUUCCAUACAUCAAGGAGAGGGAGAAAUUAAGCCAACCCCCUGAAGUAUAUAAAUUCAUAGAGAAAGCAAAAUGGGAUGCCUUUGUAGCUUCAAGGUUAUCCAAAGAAUUUGAGUCUGUGCAUUCUCAACAUGCACAGAUUAGGGAGAAACUUGAGUACAAUCAUCGAUUGUCUCGAAAAGGAUAUGCUGGUUUGGAGGAUCAAUUGGAGGAAACCAUGCCUGGGGUAGAAAUUGAUCGAUCUACCUUAUGGAAGAAAGCUAGACAGGACAAACAUGGUAACAUCCCGGAUCCAAAGGUGGCAGAGAAAGCAAAAUUAAUUGAUGAAUUGCAAAAACAAGUGGCUGAAGGCAGUCUGAGUUUAACUGGCAGUAAUGAUGUGUUGACCUUGGCUUUGGGUCCCGAGCAUCCAGGGAGAGUAAGAGGGGUAGGUGCUGGGAUUUCCCCUAGGCAAUUCUUCAAUUUACCUAGACCACAAAGGGUAAAGUUUGCUGAUCAAUUGAAGGAAAGUGUAAGAAUUGUCCUUCAAGAAGAGACUAAGAAGAUGGAAGCUAGAACCAAACAAUUAGUAGAGGCUGAGAGGGAACAUUUACUAAGUCAGCUUUCCCACCUCAUCCCCAAUUUUGAUCCAAGCAUGCUUAAACCGAAAACUAGCCCCUGUCAAAACCAAGGUCUACAGCAAAGUCCCAAGAAUCCAAUGUCUGAUAAAGCAAGUUGUUCUGGGGCUGAAGUGAGAUCCCUACAUUUAGAGGAUGAUACUGCCAGAAAUGGGGAACAGCAGGAACAAACGGGUAAUGAAGUAGUUGAUUAUUCAAAUGUGGAGGUGCCAUCUUCCUUACAAUCCCUUUGUGGUUAUGUGGAAACUACACUAAAGCCACAGGGGAAGAUCAUGACCUUCAACAUUGAGAAGGAGGUGUUUGGUGCAGAUCGAAGUACCUUCGUCUUGCAUGAAGAUAUUACACAGUUUGCAGGCAUGGAAGAAAUUGGGGCUACUGUGGUUGCAGUAUAUAUGAGGUGCUUAUAUGAUCUUUUGAGAGAAGCAAAUAUGUGCAGCAUGGUUGGCUUUAUCGACCCUGCUCAAGUUAGUGCCAACGCUGGGUCACUAACUGACAGAUCACGAAUUGUAGCCAGUCGACUUCAGAAAACAGAUGGUGAACAGAUUUUCAUGAUGCCUUACAAUCCAGGCCGUCAUUGGGUCUUGCUGAUUGUGAGGGCAAAGAGGGAAACCGUCUAUUUUCUGGAUCCUCUGCCUGGAAAUCGUGUGGUUGAUGAGGAGGGCAAAAACAUCGUGAACAGUGCUUUAAAAAUUUAUAAUUCCCACAUAGGCAGACCAGGCCGUAAAGCACCAAUUUGGAAAACUCUGCCAGGCACACCAAAGCAACCCAGCAGUGUCGAAUGCGGGUAUUAUGUGAUGCGCUUCAUGAGGGACAUCAUCAUGGAUCCUUCCUUGGAGUUUGAGAAGAAGUUUGCCAAGGGAAAAGAUCAAGCGCCAUACCCCCAAGCAGCCAUUGAUGAAGUCAGGAAAGAAUGGGCAGAGUUUGUUUGCCUUCAUAUGGAUUAG